CUAGAAAUACCAACUUCACACUAAGCACACUGGUAUAUGGUAGCGUGGUUUCGCCGUUCUUUAUUCUCUUCCUCGAACGUUGAUUGGUGCAGAACCAUGAGUCCUCUCUUCGCCUCGUGGGCUACAAAUACCAUCACCCAUCACCCACUUCUCUUCACAUCCAGAAGAAGGAAUCAUCUAUUUCAUCGCUCAAGUCGAAAGAAGCCGAGGAGUUUGUACAACUAUGUCGAGCACUGUCGGGAAAGUCAUUCGUUGCAAAGCUGCGGUGGCAUGGGAAGCCGGAAAGCCACUGGUGAUAGAAGAAGUGGAGGUGGCUCCUCCGCAGGCCAUGGAGGUUCGCGUGAAAAUCCUCGUCACGGCACUCUGCCAUACAGAUGUAUACUUCUGGGAAGCCAAGGGACAAACCCCAGUUUUUCCUCGCAUAUUUGGUCACGAAGCAGGAGGGAUUGUCGAAAGCGUCGGUGAGGGUGUGACAGAGCUCAAACCUGGCGAUCACGUGCUUCCAGUGUUCACGGGGGAGUGCAAGGAGUGUCGGCACUGUAAAUCUGAGGAGAGCAACAUGUGUGACCUCCUCAGGAUAAACACAGACAGAGGGGUGAUGCUGAACGAUGGCAAAUCGAGAUUCUCCAUCAAUGGAAAACCCAUUUACCAUUUCGUCGGGACGUCAACGUUCAGUGAGUACACGGUCAUUCAUGUCGGUUGCCUAGCCAAGAUAAAUCCUGCUGCUCCCAUGGACAAAGUUUGCAUUCUCAGCUGUGGAAUAUCUACUGGUCUUGGGGCCACCUUGAAUGUUGCGAAACCUCCAAAGGGUUCCACUGUUGCUAUAUUUGGACUAGGUGCUGUUGGCCUUGCUGCGGCUGAAGGUGCCAGAAUUGCCGGAGCUUCGAGGAUCAUUGGUGUCGAUCUCAAUUCGAAAAGAUUUGACGAGGCCAAGAAAUUUGGCGUUACCGAGUUUGUGAACCCAAAAGAUCAUCAGAAGCCAGUUCAGGAGGUUCUUGCUGAAAUGACUGACGGGGGAGUCGACCGAAGUGUUGAGUGCACAGGAAGCAUCAGUGCCAUGAUUUCUGCUUUCGAAUGCGUUCACGAUGGAUGGGGUGUGGCAGUACUUGUCGGAGUGCCGAACAAAGACGACGCCUUUAAGACUCAUCCGAUGAACUUCCUGAAUGAGAAGACGCUCAAGGGCACCUUCUUCGGCAACUACAAACCACGCACCGACCUUCCAAACGUUGUCGAGAUGUACAUGAGGAAGGAGCUCGAGCUGGAGAAGUUCAUCACGCACGAAGUCCGUCUCUCCGAGAUCAACAAGGCUUUCGACUACAUGCUCAAGGGAGAGUCGCUCCGCUGCAUCAUCCGCAUGGACGGAUAGAGGAGCCUUGGCAGCCCGAUCGGGUCCGACCCGAUACGUUAGAUCAGGAACAUGAUGUUGAAAGUUGGAAGAGUCUUCGUUUGUUUUGUUCCCCCCAUGUUGGUUCCCCCCAUGUACAGUGUGUACAUUGUACCGUGAAUUGAGUUUGAAUAAAGAUGCUAGUCCGAAUUGUCACUGUAUUUC